AAGUACUCCAUGUAACAGCAUUGCUAUAUCUCUUUCUCUCAAAUUUCACAUGAUAGAAUUUGUGUGGGAGAAACGGCUAGAUACGUCUUGUUUUAACUUAUAAUGGAAUGGGAAUCGUUUUCGAGGUUACCAGUAUUUCAAGCGCCAAUAUGCCUGAUAAGCAAUUCGGAAGAUGGAAAACUACAAGUGGAACCAGAGCCUCUGAAGCAGAUCCAGCAAAUAGAUGUACCGUUGGUGGUGGUGGCUAUAGCGGGGCUUUACCGGACUGGAAAAUCCUAUCUUUUGAAUAGGUUAGCCGGCUCAAGCUCAGGAUUUCCUCUGGGAAAAACAAUCGAGUCUAAAACCAAAGGAAUUUGGGUGUGGUGCCGAGAACAUCCAGAGAAACCAAGUACGGUCCUGUUGCUGCUUGACACAGAGGGUCUUGGAGAUGUGGCGAAGGGUGACAGUGGCCAUGACAACAGGAUUUUCACCGUAGUAACGCUAUUAAGCAGCGUGCUUGUGUACAAUAUGAUGUCUGUUUUCAACCAAGACGCAGUAGAAAAACUAACCUUUAUAUCAGAAAUAUCAAAGAAUAUCCGAUUCAGUAAUGCCAAGGAUGGUGAUGUUGGCGAUGAAGAGUUAGGUCUGAUCUUACCAACGUUUGUCCUAUGUCUUCGGGAUUUCACGCUUGUUUUGGAAAUUGAUGGAAUGGAAAUAACGGUUGACGAAUAUCUCGAAGAUUGUCUGAAACUAAAAUCUGGAAAUGAUAGCUCAGUAACGAAAUAUAACAUGCCUAGGGAAUGCAUUAGAAAAUAUUUUCCAAGACGCAAAUGCUUCGUUUUCGACAGACCUGGCGAUAGGAAAACCAUGAAGUCACUAGAAUCUGUACCUUUAGAGAAGCUAGCCGAGUCAUUUGUGGAGGAUACAAAACUCUUUUUAGAAUAUAUUUACACCUGCAGCCCCAAAGUUCUGAUAAGUAGUAAAGAGGUGAAUGGGAGAAUGUUUGUUUCACUGGUUGAAAGUUACUUGAAUGCGAUAAGAAAUGGGGCAGUUCCAGAUGUUGAUGACGCAAUUAUAGUUGUCGCAAAUAUCGAAAACGAAAGACUGGCAUCCGAAGCAGUACAGAUAUUUGAACAAAAGAUAGAACUGAUUCAACUCCCAAUUCUGCACUUUAAUAAUUUCGAGGAGCUUUACCGAGACAUGCAGAAAGCUGCUCUUGCAAACUUCAGAAUUGAAACAUUAUUCAAUGCUGAAAGGUUUGAAAAACAAGCGAUGUCAGAGAUGGAUGAAUUGUGGGAAAGAAUAAAAAAGAAAAAUCUGCAGUUAGUUCGAAAUCAUUGUGAAAGUCUGCUCGUAGCACUAUAUGACAAGAAUAUAGGAGAGAAGAUGAAGCGAAACGAAUACAAAGUAACAGGUGGCUAUCCAUUGUACAAACUCGAUAUGGACGCAAUGAAGAACGACUAUGUUGUGAAAGUAAAGGACAUCGAUAGAUAUGAGGCGCAAGAAGUUCUGAUGAGUUUCUUGGACAGAGAAGCGGAAAAUGAAAGAAAUAUCAUGUUGGAAGACCAAAAAAUGACAGAAGAAGAUAAAAAGAGAGAGCUAGAACGAUUACACGAAGAACACCUGAAGGCCCAAGCAUCACAGCAAACAUUAUUUGAGAGUAAACUGAUGGAAGAGAAGGAACGCGCUGAAGAACAUCAGAGGAAAAUGGAAGAGGAACGGAAAGAAUAUAUGAUCAAGCAAGACGAAAAUAUGGCAGCUAUAAAACGUCAGUGGGACGUUCAAAAGGAAAUAAGUGAAAAGCAGAUUCAAAUGAUGUGUGCGGAAAACGAAGCACAACGGAAAUCGUUUCAGGAGCAGAUUAGCAAAUUGACUGAGCAGCAUCAAAAGAAAGAACAGGAAAACAAGACCUGGUUUGAAAACUUGAUCCAGAGUGAGAACAAAAAAGCUCAGCAACGAAUUGAUGAUGUCACACAAAACUUUCAAAAUAUGUUAGAAGUUGAAAAGAAAAUGUGUUCUAAUAUGGAACAAAAUUUACAAAUGCAGAAACAAGCAUUGCAAGAGGAGAAAGAAAGCAGGCAACAAAUGGAGCAAGAAUAUCUGGGAAAAAUGGAAAAAUACCAAAGACAAAUCGAUGAAUUGAUUAACAAGUCCGAAAGGGAUGAUAAAAUGAAUGCAGAGCUAAUGAGACUUAUCAAUAGAAGAGACGAAUACAGACGUCAAGCAUCGAGACGCAAGUGUCAUAUAAUGUAACUAGUUAAUAUUUUCAGGUCAGCUUUUACUUUCUUAACAUAAUGGUAAACGAGGAGCAUUUGGAAUGUUUGUAUUUUCUAUAUAAGACAUUAUAAUUAGAUACUUCUGUAGUCAAACUGAAAAAAAGUGUAUUCAAAGCUAAAUAGAGAUGUUAUCAUACAUGACAAUGUUAUAUAGAAGACUUUUUGUAUAUCUUCCGUAUAGUUUAUACAUGUGUAUAGAUUAUAACAUUUACUGCAAUGUAUACACUGUUUCAUAUAGAAUUAUAAAUAAUU